AUCGCACACUCACACAUGCAUGUACAGUCGUACGUGUGGGUCGAGCCCUCCCAGGUGCCAUUUUGAGUGUAGAAAGUGCUGUAGCAGUAGAGAAAAGAGAAAAGUAGAGGUCUGCGUUUUUCGAUUCUUCCGAUAUUAUGCAAAAUUUUUGGCAAGAAUGUGAAAAAAAUUGCGAUCUUCAGCAAUCGAGGUGCGCCGCUACAGGCAGUUUAACGCGACGUUCAAAGACUCGUAUCUCGCCCGUGCUCGAUUGUCACCGUGAUAAACAGCGGAUUUUGUACGUGACUGCAUGCGUGACAUCAUCGUCGUCCUCGGUCUCUUCGUCGGCGAACGUCCACCACGACACCGGGAAGACGUCGACUCCCCAGUCGUCGAAUUCGAGUCCCACGAAGUCAGAGACCGAGACCUUCUCCGAGCUGCAGCUGCGCUUUAUGACGGAUUCGUCGGAGAGCGAGGAGGACAGCGUCUCCGAGGUGGAGUGCUUCGCGAUCGAUCAGGUUGAACUGGACGAAGAUCAUCCCGACUCGUCGAAAUUCCUGUUGACUCCCGACGAUUUGGAAUGUUCUGUAGACCCCGAGACCCAGGCGCGUCUCGAGGCGUUGCUCGAAGCGGCCGGCGUCGGGAAGCUGUCAUCAGGCGAUGGGAAGCACCUGCCCGACCGCGAAAUGCUGCGACGCUUAACGUCGAGUGUGUCUUGUGCGUUGGAUGAGGCUGCGGCAGCGCUAACACGUAUGCGUAGUGACAAUCCGCGUAUGCCGAAUGAAAAGCGCUCUCUCGUCGAGGCGUACACCGACGGAGACGUCGGUACCGUUCGGAAGUUGUUAAAGGAGGGCCGAAGUGUCCACGAGACCACCGAGGAGGGAGAGAGCCUGCUGUCUCUAGCUUGCUCAGCUGGUUACUACGAACUUACUCAGGUGUUGUAAUCGAUAUUGAUGAAGAUUCAGCAAUUGAGGAUCCUGUACAGGUCGCGCAACCUGAAACAUCGUACGCUGUAAUUGAACACACAGCGAGCGAUGUUUCCCCAUCGACGAGUCAGCAGCAACCAAAUGUUUCCCUAUCACCGAAUCAGCAGCAAUCAAAAGCAAAAA